AUGGCCUGGGCAAGACUCACAGGCAUUUUCCCAGCUGGUGGGGACUCUGGGUCUCUGGACCAGAGCACUGGGCAGCAGCGGACCUUUCUGGAACAGAACCACCAUCUUAUCACCUUACAGGACCCUGAAGCCAAGUACUCCCUGCCCUUGAUUGAGAAGGAGCAAAUCAACCACAACACCCAAAUAUUUCGCUUUGGUCUGCCCUCACUGGAAGAUGUCUUGGGGUUUCUUGUAGGUACCUAUGUCCAUCGCUUGGCCCAAAUUAACAAUGUGUUGGUGAUAAGGGCUUACAAUCCUGUCUCCAGUGACAAUAAUCAAGGCUUUGUGGACUUAAUUAUAAAGAUCUACUUUAAAAAUGUGCACUCCAAGUAUCCUGGAGGAGGAGAGAUGAUUCAGUACUUGGAGAACCUGAAAAUUGGGGACACCAUCCUUUUUCAAGGGCCACCAGUGUGCCUGUUCUACUAUGAGCCAGGUGAUUGUGCUCUACUCCAUCAGAUAUCAGUUUACAGCUUUCUAAUUGACGUAGUUAAUCAGGCUACAGGUGUUUGUGCUCUACUCCAUCAGAUAUCAGUUUACAGUUUUCUGAUUGAUGUAGUUAAUCAGGCUUCAC